AUGGUAUCUCGGGGUCCUUUUUAUCAGCGCCCACUACCCGUAAUCCUUCUGAGAUUUCUCUGCCUUCUUCCAACAGGACUGCCGGUUAGAAGCGUGGACUUCUCCAGGGGGACGGACAACAUCACCAUCAGGCAGGGAGACACGGCUAUCCUCAGGUGCUAUGUUGAUGACAGAAUCUCAAAGGUUGCUUGGCUGAACCGAUCUAAUAUCAUUUUUGCUGGAAAUGACAAAUGGUCCCUGGACCCUCGAGUCACUCUGUUGACCAGCGCUCGCUUAGAGUAUAGCCUUCAGAUUCAACAGGUGGAUGUGUCUGAUGAAGGUCCUUACACAUGUUCAGUGCAGACCCAGCACCAUCCUAAGACCUAUCAAGUGCAUUUGAUCGUGCAAGUUCCACCAAAAAUCUACAACAUCUCAUCCAACAUCACAGUGAAUGAAGGCAGCAAUGUGACUCUUGUGUGCUUGGCUAAUGGAAGACCAGAGCCUGUCAUAAAUUGGAGACACAUUUCUCCUUCAGCCAGGGAAUUUGAAGAGGAAGAGGAAUACCUAGAAAUCUUCAUGAUCAGCAAGUACCAAGCAGGCAUUUACCAGUGCAAAGCCGCUAAUGAGGUUUCCAAUGCCGAUGAGAAGAAAGUCCAUAUCACUGUUAACUAUGCUCCCACUAUUAAGUAUGCUCAGAGUGCAGACGUUGCAGUGGGCCGUACUGGGAUGCUGCACUGUGAGGUUUCAGCUGUGCCACCAGCAGUUUUUGAGUGGUACAAGGAAGACAAGCGGAUAUAUAACAGCUCGCAAGGGAUCCAGAUCCAGAACUUGGACAGUCGCUCCAGUCUCAUUGUCACUAAUGCCACAGAGGAUCACUAUGGCAACUACACAUGUGUGGCAGGCAACAAGCUGGGGAUCGCCAAUGCAAGCAUAUUUCUAUACAAAAGUAUUCUGCCAACUAUUCCAAACCCCAUUCAAGAGCAAAUAGAAACCACUGUGCACUCAGAAAAAAGAGGGCCAGGUUCCAUGCGAGACUCAGGCACCGGAUUAGCAGGCAUCACCAUAUCACUGUGGCUGCUAGCAGCAACUCUAGUCUGUCUAAUUUACAAGUGUUAAUAAUAUGAAAACUGACCGCAAGAAAAGAGGAGACUAUUUGUAUUUCAACACAGUGCGUUCCACUGCACAAAAAAAGUAUUGCUAGAAAAGCUUUUAGAAUAGAAACAAAAGGUCGAGGAUGUAUUAGAUACAAAAUGAUCAACAUUUGCUCAUGAAUUUCAAAUAUUGUGUAAAAAGAAAUUCUUUCUGCUGUCAUAUUUGCUAAUGUUUACAUUCACGCAGGUCUAACCCUUUGUUUUGGGUCUGAAUGAUGACAUUUAAUCAAUGCAAAACAGAACCCUGUAUUUGUUGGUGCCAAGUGAUCCAUCCACCAUAUCAAAAUUAUAAAUCACUGGAGUAAUAUUGAGGGUGAUGAAUGACAUGGGAGCUCAUUGUUAAAUGUAUUGAUUAUGAAUCACCCACAAUAUUUAGGCACAGGCAUUGAUGCACAACAGCCUGGAUCAAAGGGUAAAUUCUCAAUGAAUUUAAUCAAUUUGCUCAAUGUGAAUUGGAUGAUACCCUGUUCUUCAAUA